AUGAAACAAAGAUACACAGGAACAUCAAGACAUUCAUGGUACAGAUGGGUGAUCCCACAGGUACAGGCAAAGGCGGGGAGUCGAUUUGGGGCGGCAAAUUUGAAGACGAAAUCAAGCCGACGCUGCGACACAACUCCAGAGGCAUACUCUCCAUGGUCAACUCCGGCCCCAACACAAAUGGAAGCCAGUUCUUUAUAA